AUGGACACACCGGCAGGAAUAUCUCAGAAGGACAUCUAAUGUUAUCCCCGUAUUGUGACAUAAAAGAUAAUGACAGCAGACAGGAUUCUCCAGGAGAUAACCCCAUUACCCCAAUUAUACAUCCAGCUCUAUCAGCUGAUCCCUCUGAUCCUGGGAAAUGUUCUCCUGAUCACUCUGAUAUUGGUGCAUCUGUUACAGCUCUGAGAGUAGAUACAGUGUUUCUGUGUUCUAUAGAUGCCAAAUGUUUUACAAAGAACACAAAGCCUAUUAACCCACAGACAGGUAAGGCAGGUGAGAGGCCAUUUCUAUGUUCUGAGUGUGGGAAAUGUUUUACAUACAAAUCAGCUCUUGUUACACAUCAGAGAAGGCACACAGGUGAGAAGCCAUUUCCAUGUUCUAAGUGUGGGAAAUGUUUUACAUACAAAACGACUCUUGAUGCACAUAAGAGAAGUCACACAAGUACAUCACCAUUUCCAUGUUCUGAGUGUGGGAAAUAUUUUGCACAGAAAUCACAACGUGCUAGACAUCAGAGAAGUCACACAAGUGAGAGGCCAUUUCCAUGUCCUGAGUGUUGGAAAUGGUUUGCACAGAAAUCAGAUGUUGUUAAACAUCAGAUAAGUCACACAGGUGAGAGGCUAUUUCCAUGUUCUGAGUGUGGGAAAUGGUUUGCACAGAAAUCAGAUCUUGUUAAACAUCAGAGAAGUCACACAGGUGAGAAGCCAUUUUCUUGCUCUGAGUGUGGGAAAUGGUUUGCACGGAAAUCAGAUCUUGUUAAACAUCAGAGAAGUCACACAGGUGAGAAGCCAUUUUCUUGCUCUGAGUGCGCAAAAUGUUAUAGUCGGAAAGCACAACUUGUUAUACAUCAGAGAAGUCACACAGGUGAGAAGCCAUUUCCAUGUUCUGAGUGUGGGAAAUGGUUUGCACACAAAUCAGAUCUUGUUAGUCAUAACAGAAGUCACACAGUGGAGAAUCCAAUUUCUUGCUCUGAGUGUGGGAAAUGUUUUACAAAGAAAUCACAACUUGUUACACAUCAGCGAAGUCACACAGGUGAGAGGCCAUUUCAAUGUCCUGAGUGUGGGAAAGGGUUUGCACAGAAAUCAAAUCUUGUUAGACAUCAGAGAAGUCACACAGGUGAGAAGCCAUUUCCAUGUUCUGAAUGUGGGAAAUGUUUUGCACACAAAUCAGAUCUUGUUAGUCAUAACAGAAGUCACACAGUGGAGAAUCCAAUUUCUUGCUCUGAGUGUGGGAAAUGUUUUACACGGAAAUGCCGUCUUGUUAUACAUCAAAGAAGUCACACAGGUGAGAAGCCAUUUCCAUGUUCUGAGUGUGGGAAAUGUUUUGCACUCAAAUCAUCUCUUGUUAGACAUCACAGAAGUCACACAGGUGAGAAGCUAUUUUCUUGCACAGAGUGUGGGAAAUGUUUUACACAGAAAUCACAUCUUGUUAGACAUCAGCAAAGUCACACAUGUGAGAAUCCAUUUCCAUGCACUGAGUGUGGGAAAUGUUUUACACAGAAAUCACAACUUGUUACACAUCAGAGAAGUCACACAGGUGAGAAGCCAUUUUAAUCUUCUGGAGUAUACUUAUCAUUGCCAUGCGUUGUUCUUCAAGGUUCUUAUCCUAUCUCCUAUGCUUUUUGCAAUAUACAUGCUACCGCAGGGUGAAAUAAUCAGAUGUCAUGCCCUCAUCUGCCACUGCUAUACAGAUGACCUGUCUUUUACUCCGUGUACCGAGAACCCAGUACCAAUCCUAAAUGGUUGUCUAGCUGAGCUCCAGGUGUGGGUGAUGCCAGUUGGCUGUGACUCAGUCCUGGUGAAACAUGUCAUUAUGAUAGAAGCUCACCAACAUAGGGCAGGGCUACAGCUCAGCUUUGCAAACCAACCAGACUUAUGCUUGGGGGUUCAGAGUUACAAAAUGCUGAUCCUGUGCGGAAUCUAGGUGUCCAGGAUGGUGGAGUGACACUUAGACAUCAGGUAUCAGCCACAAUCAGAUCCUCUUAUGAGGAACAUAGCCACACUCCAGCAUUUAUUUCCCUCAGAAGAUCUACCUGAUGUCAUACAUGCACUUGUAUCAUCACACAUAGACUACUGCAAUGUCCUC